AUGGCAUGGCAACCAGAGGAAGGGCCAUUGAGGCAACUGGCCGGAUUCCUAAAAGACUCUUUGAACGGAUAUGAUCCUGCUCUGCAGAAACAUGCCGAGCAGAUGCUUGCACAAGCGACAUCAUCACCGGAUUUUGUGAAUUACCUCACAUACCUCCUCCUUACUUCACAAGCCGUGCCAUCGCUAGGAUUCGAUGCCAACCAAUACACCGUUAUUCGAGUGUCCGCGGCGGUGAAUCUCAAGACAAAAUUGCGGGUGGCGUAUGGAACGAUUUCACCGAACAGCUUAGCAUAUGUCCGUUCUUCGGCCAUGGUCGCAUUGCACGAUCCAUCGAUUCAAGUAAGGAACGCAUCGGGCACAAUAAUAGCAGAGAUGGUGCACCAAGGAGGCGUAUUGUCGUGGCCAACUGUUUUUGAGGAACUCCUAUCGCUAGUCGCGAAUUCAACUGGAUCCGUCCCGAUGAUUGCUCAAGAAGCGGCGAUGUCUGCGCUACAAAAGGUUUGCGAGGAUAACCGGAAAAUGCUCGAUAAAGACUACCAGGGCCAACGCCCGUUAAGCAUUAUUUUACCCAAGUUGAUGGAAUUUACCGCUAGCCCGAGUCCGAAAGUCCGUUCCAUGGCUCUGUCAACUGUUCAGAUGUUCAUUUCUUCAAGGCCCGAUGCUCUAAUGGGCGCAUUGGACAAUUUCCUUCACGAACUAUUCAAACUGGCCAACGAUCCCGAUACAGACGUACGAAAAACAGUGUGUCAGUCGAUCGUGCAACUUGUUGAUGUUGCUCCCGACAAAUUAAUUCCACACAUGGAGGGCUUGGUCAACUACAUCAUCAUGCAACAAACUAACACUGAAGAUCCGGAACUGGCACUGGAUGCAGCCGAAUUCUGGUUGACCGUUGGCGAACAGAAACAGUUACAGCCGUCAUUGGUGCCAUACCUUGGAAAAGUCAUUCCUAUUUUGCUCCAGAGUAUGGUUUACGACGAAGAUGAUGCAGCGUUAUUGGCAGGAGAAGCCGACGAUGCCGAAUUAGAGGAUAAGCAAGAGGACUUGAAGCCCCAGUUUGCUAAGACCAAAGGCGCAAGGUUACCGGGCUUGAAAUCCGGCGACCACCCGAAUGGUGACGGCAAGUCUACACGUGAAGAGGAUGAGCUUAGCGACGGCGAGAUCGAAGAUGACUCCGAAUUUGGGGAGGAAGACCCUGAGGAUGAAUGGACCGUCAGAAAAUGCUCAGCUACGGCUCUAGAUGUUUUUGCCACGGUCUAUCAUCAGUCUGUUUUCGAGGUCAUCCUGCCUUAUCUGAGAGAUAAUUUAAAACACGCGAAGUGGACCAAUCGCGAAGCCGCUGUGCUAGCUCUGGGCGCUAUUGCUGAUGGCUGCAUGAAUUCAGUAACGCCUCACCUGCCAGAACUCGUGCCGUAUCUCACCUCACUGUUGUCCGACCCAGAGCCCAUUGUGAGAAAAAUAACUUGCUGGUGUUUAGGAAGAUAUUCUGAAUGGGCAGCGAAUUUGGAGCCGAGCGAAAAGGGCCGUUACUUCGAGCCUAUGAUGGAAGGCAUUCUUCAUCGGAUGCUGGACAAUAACAAGAAAGUUCAAGAAGCCGCCGCUUCCGCCUUCACAAGCUUAGAAGAGAAAUCCGAUGCAAACCUAAUACCGUACUGCCAACCCAUCCUUCGCCAGUUCGUUUUGUGUUUCCAAAGGUACAAGGAUCGCAACAUAUAUGUGCUUUACGACUGUGUGCAAACGCUGGCAGAUUCAGUGAUGUCGGAAUUGGCUAAACCCGAACUCGUCGAAAUCUUAAUGCCGGCUCUCAUUGACAGGUGGAACAAAGUAUCAGACCAAUCCAGGGAGCUUUUCCCGCUUCUUGAGUGCUUAGGUUACGUUGCCUCCGCUUAUGGAGACGCCUUCUCUCAAUUCGCUCCACCAAUAUUUGCCAGGUGUAUCAAGAUCCUGUACGACAACAUCCAGGAGUACCUUCACGCCGUUAAUAACAAGACUGGAGACGAGCCGGACAAGGACUUUUUGGUAACAAGUCUCGAUCUCUUGAGCUGCAUCAUCCAGGCUAUUGAUCCUCAGAAAAGUGGCGAGCUUGUGUCAAAUUCCCAACCGGGUUUCUUUGACCUUCUUUGCUACUGCUUACAGGAUCCCAGUAGCGAUGUCCGGCUUUCAUCCUAUGCGAUACUUGGAGACUGUGCCACUCACCUUUUUUCCCACCUUCAACCUUUCCUUCCAACCAUCAUGCCGAUUCUCAUUAAACAACUCGAUUUAGAUUUGAUACGGGAUGAUGAUUCAGCGAGCGGGCUCAGUGUCAUCAACAAUGCCUGCUGGGCUUGUGGUGAAAUCGCAAUAAAGGCUAAAGCUGACAUGACCCCCUAUCUAGAGAGUCUAUACCGAGCCUUGGUUAUCAUUAUGAGCAAUGAGGAAGUGCCUGAUUCGGUGAAUGAAAACGCAGCGGUCACUCUCGGUCGACUUGGGUCUGGCUGCGCCGAGCAACUCGCUCCCUAUCUCGCACAAUUUGCUGAGACGUUCCUUCGGUCGAUGGCUAAGGUUGAUUUCACGCGGGAAAAAUCUAGUUCAUUUUUAGGGUUCAAUCAGGUUGUGCAGCAGAAUCCCAAAGCGAUGGAAACGUGUCUUAGAGAGUACUUCCAUGUGAUUGCGGUUUUCCCUACCAAGUCCCUCAGCCAACCCGAGUUUGCCUAUUUGCAGCACUCGUUUCAACAGGUACUACAAGGAUAUAAAAGUCUGAUACCCGACUUCAACGCAUUCCUAUCGUCGCUACCAGUUAACGUUACCCGGAAACUUCAGUCGACAUAUCAAUUAUAG